UCUCACUCGGUGAGGAACAUCUCAUCCCGGUGCAAGACAUCCCAUCCUGUUGAUGGACAUCCACCUUGUUAUGGUGCGGGUCAUAUCCUGAUGAGAGACGUCCCACCCCGGUAUGGUGCAGGACAUCUCACCCCAGUGAGGAACAUCCCACAACUCAGUACGGUGUGGAACACCUCAUCCUGGUGAGAGACAUUCCAUCCCGAUACCGUGUGGAACCUCACAUCCCAAUAGAGGCCACCCCAUCCCGAGCACAGCUCAUCCCAGUGCUGGCUGUCCUGAUGGAGAUGCAGGGUUACCGGUGCCGUAGCAACCGGUACAUCGAGAGCGGGCAGUCGGCGGUGCCCAGCUCGCUGCUGUUCGCCGCCGGGUUGUUGGGCAACGUGCUGGCAUUACUGCUACUGGGACAGCACCGGCGACGUUCCCGGUCUCCCGGUGGUCGUCCACCGAGGGUCUCAGCUUUCUAUGUGCUGGUGAGCGGCCUGGCCGUCACUGACCUGCUGGGCAAGUGCCUGCUCAGCCCCAUCGUUCUGGCUGCCUACGCCUACAACCGCAGCCUCAGCGAACUGGGACCGGGCGGACGCACCGAAGGUGAGCCUGGUGUCCUCUGCCAGCUCUUUGCCUUCCUCAUGGCCUUCUUUGGGCUGGCCCCCACCUUGCUACUCCUUGCCAUGGCACUGGAAUGUUGGUUGUCCCUUGGACAUCCCUACUUCUACCGGCGACACAUCACCCGGCGGCUGGGCGCCACUCUGGGGCCGGCGGCUGCAGGGCUUUGUGCCCUCUUCUGUGCCCUGCCACUGCUGGGCUUUGGGGUGCCCAUGCAGUAUUGUCCUGGGACGUGGUGCUUCAUCCGUAUGGCCGGUGGUGGACCAAGCCAGCUCGGCUUCCCCGUCCUUUAUGCCACCUUGAUGGGUCUGCUGGUGCUGGCCAUCGGCGCCUGCAACGUGAGCAGCAUGCGGCACCUCUACAGCAUGGCACGGCGGCAGCCCCGCCGCGGACCCCCCGCCGCCGCUGCCCCGCGCAUGGAGGAGUUCGACCACCUUGUCCUGCUGGGGCUCAUGACAGUUCUCUUCACCAUCUGCUCCCUGCCGCUCAUCGUCCGGGCGUACAUGGGGGCCUUUGCCGCUGACUUCAACGAGAACGCCGACCUCAGCGCCCUGCGCUUUGUGUCUGUCAACUCCAUCGUGGACCCCUGGGUCUUCAUCAUCUUCCGCACCUCUGUCUUCCGCACCUUCCUCCGCAGGGUUUGCCGCAGGCUCCACUCCCGGAAAUCCACCCUGAAAGGGUCCAGCCUGCAGGGGACCAAACAGUUCUGCCCCCUGGGUUGGCGCAGGCCGGACACCCCGCAACUCGGCUUCCCCUGAAGGCGUGGAAGAAGCUGGUGGCUGAUGGUGAGGACGAGGAAUGAGCCUUCAGCCCCACCUCAGAGCAUCUCUGGGGCAGCAUGUGGCUGUCACAGGUGGGGACAGCGUCCGACUCACAGUGAGGGGUGGGCGUGAAGUGUUUCUGCCCCCUUCCCAGAGAGGAAAUGGGGUAGGUCUAAGGUACCUGUGAAUAUUCUGGAGCAGCAGCACUUUGUGGAGGGUUGGAGGAGCAGUUCAGCUCCAGGAAAGCAGGAGGGUUCUGGUGAGUGGCUUCAGGGCAGUGGGGAAACA